CCCUCUCGUUCACCCGCUCCCGUCGCCGCCGGCCCCCUCCAACCGAAGAACGGCAGCCAGCCGCACUCCCCGGGCCCCCUCCCCCCUCCCCGUGCGACGUCGAUUGGCACUGGAUUGGCGUGGAGUGGUGAUCCACUCGACUUAGGGUUGUUUUCUUUCGUUGCUGCUUUGGAUAUGGAGGCGCUGGUUGGGAGCAAGAGCAAUGGAGGCGGCAAGGCCGCCGAUUUGGCUCGGCUGAUGGUCGCGGAGGCCGCCUUGGAGGUGCAAAGGUCGCUUGUUGGUCUCGUUGCCGUGAUGUUGUCAGUGCAAAAUGAAAUCUUUACAUCUGGUGGAGAGCAGGAUUUGAUUAAUAGGAUUAUGGGCAAAAGCAAAAAUGAAGCUGUGCCUGAGAACAUGGAUGAUGGAGAGUCUGAUGAUGAUAAUGAGGAGGGAGACGAUGAGGAUGCUGAAAACCAAGAUGUCGAUGAUGAUGGUGAUGAUGAAGAAGCCUCAGAUGAUGAAGGGAACGAGGAGGAUGGUGACAACGACGAUCCUGCAGCAAAUGGUGAAGGAGGGAGCGAUGACGAUGAUGAUGACGGUGGAGAGGGUGAGGAUGAUGAGGAUGAGCAGGUUGAGGGGGAGGAUGAUGAUGAAGAGGAGGAAGAGGAAGAGGAGGAAGAAGAAGAGGAGGACGAGGAUGACGAGGACGUCCCCCAACCACCUACCAAGAAAAGGAAAUGAUCAAUGGCUACGAGUGGUAGCUUACAAUGCAGGAAAUACUGCUUUUGGCUUUGUUCACCCCCUGUGUGGCAGUUUACUGGUUAGUGGGUAGUGUUUAGUUUGGUCGUUAUGAUGGACAAUUCAUAGCUUAGUUUUAAAACCAAAAAGUAACAUUUUAUUGUGCAUGUACUAUUAAAACAUUCCUUUAAUCAUGUAUCACCUCGGAUUGCCAUCAACCCCACUGAUUCUCCCAAUGGUUUAUAAACCGAGUUUCCUUCA